AUGAGCGGCAUGAGACUGCGCGACAGUAUCCGCGCACCGCUGCGAUAUGGCGAAGAUGAAUACGAAACACCACCACAGAUCUCGCUGCGCCACGGAUACGAUGACUCCUUUGACGACUCCAUGGAGCUUGGGGAAUCAGGUAGACCGCGCCCACAAAAGAGGCGCAGAAUAGACACUGUGCCAUUUAACCCCAACCUGCCAACAGCUGCGUUUCCCAGUUUGAGCAGACCACGGCCAGGUCGUGAUUCCACCACCUCAGCGCACAACCGCAGCGUUGGCGACAGCCAACAGAGCAUGCAGGCAAGCGAAGUUGCGCUUGAUCCCCACACUGAUGGGUCAACCCAAGCUGUUCCACUGCCUCCGUCUGGGAUAGAAGGAGUCCCGAUCGAUCAGCUCGAUAAUCACGUCGCCAGUAACAACAUGGACAAUCCGGUAUACGCGAGGAACGUAAACAUGGCGCGCAUGGCUCGUAUGGAUGCCGCUCCCGGUUCCGAGGACAUGGGCACCUCUCCGGAUAGUGACGACGAUGCGCUACCAGAUGCGACCCAGGUGCUCCUUGAUACGAUCCCCAACCCAAAAUGGAGAGACCUACACAAGGCUAUGCAAGUCGAAAUCGUCGAAAACACAAUGAAAUACCAUAGCUGGCGACGUGUUUGCGACCUUCUUGGCCUUGGGCCAGACGAUCGAAAACAGCUUAUGGAGGUCAUAAGCAUUCGCAAUAAGCAAAUUCACCGGGAGAACAGACGACUGGAGCAAAUGAGGCGCAAACAGCGGAAGGUACUAAUGAGAAUUGAUAACAGCGACCUGAAGCGUUUCAAGCCGCCACCUCAACUAGUGCUCAAAAGGAUCGCUCGAGAGACCAAUCGGAACCUGGUGGUCACGAAGUACACGGACCUACUGAUGUGCCAAGCUCACGAGGUUCUGAAAGCCAGACAGUACUUGCAUCAGCACGGGCUGCCUCGAAGAUAUGCUGGCGAUUGGGGAGACCGCCUGGUGGUGCUGCGAGAGUCCGAGGACAACUCCCAUGAGCCCGACACGUUUGAAUGGAAAGAGAACCUGAGAUUCACUCCGCCUCCCAAUGAAAUGGAGACUCCAGUCAGUCCUUUUAUGGACGAAACCAGCAGUUCCAAGAGUACAUUCAUUCAAAGCAUUGGUACGAACGGCACAAUGAACCCAAAGGAUUUAGUUCGACGCGACACCGAUCCAGGUCCCAUGAUGGACUGGGGAAAGUAUUAUGAACGGAACCCGGACUUGUCAUGGGACACCACAAAGCCCCGACUCGGUGGAAUGGUCAAGAUGAAGGUCGGUCCACGCAACGCCGCGCAGAUCCAACAAUACAAGCAAGCCAGUGCCAAACCCCAAGGAUUAUCCUCUCAGAUACAAGGACCCACCAUGCCAGACUCACCUCCGCCGGAGCUUCCACCGGAAACACCGUCUAGGGGGCCACGGAAUGGGGGUAUCGCCCAGCCCGUUUUCAAGAAACCUGCUAGACCUUUCAGCAGAGUCCUCACCGGAAACUGGUCUUCGGCAGGUUUUAACCCAUCGGAGAGCCAUUUCAAGUAUCAAAGAAGCAUACAGCGAGCCAAGCUCGAGAAAAUCGAGGCAGAGGCAGAGGCGAUGCGCCGUCAGUACAACUAUCAACCAACUGUCCGGGUUAAUGGCGUUGGUGUUGGAAUCAGCCCCGCACGUGGAAACCAUCAGACUCUUCCCCUGACCCAGCCAGUCGAGGAGAACGUCCCUCCUUCCAAUUUUUUCGCCCGCGCGUACCGUGGAAUGACAAAGAUGAGCGUUGACCGCCUCAUGGAUGAAUUUGUCUGCUUUGAGCCUAUUGUGAUGCCCGAAGAAAGCGAGCCCGAGCAGCCCGAUGAGCAACCAAGUUCCACUGACAUCAGCUCGAUCACUGAGGUCUCCAUGGAUGAUGUGUCCCUGGUGCCGACGGAUGGUUGUUCCUCUUCGCAGUAG